UUUUUAGCAUUUCUGAGCAGUCGGAUUGAAGCUCUUUGUGUCAAACAAAGUUUCACUGCGAUGGCAGAGUUAAGAAAUCCCAUUUCCCAUGGUGAUUUUUCUCUCUCUACUUUUCCUCACUGACGCAACUCGAUGGAUUCGCGGCGUUUCUUGCGCUUUUUAUACCUCUCGCUCACAGCCUCCAUUGGCUUCGCCCUUUUUAUCAUAUUUGCAGAUCAGCGGUCAUGUAAUAAGGGAGAUUUGCAGCGCCUGGUUCUGAGACCCAGCUUCGUAGAUUCGACUGGCAAAUACAUAAUCAGCACUCAUGCAGUUGUGGCACACAAGUGGACGCUGCUCAAUCAGGCUCCUCUCUGCAUAGCCUUUCAAGCAAACUUCGAACAGUCCUUCCAACUCAUAGAUUUUCUAAACUCAUGGACGGGAGCUGUUUCUUGCGCUCUUUUCACCCCCGGCCAGGAUUUUCACCUGGCGACCGCUUUUCUCUCCUAUUUAAAUCGCUGCCACCCGGCCGUCGCUCGUCAGGUCAACUUCCAUUUCAUCUACCCUAAAAAUAGACCUCCUCCGUCCGAGUCAUUUCCGGUGCCCGACCUGUACCUGAGCUGUGGGCUGAGUCCUCAGGAGGUGGUCGAGCACCUUCUCCGCCUUAGCUCGAAUAGAACUCAACGUGACCAAGAUGAGGUGUUGCCAAUCAGUUUGAUGCGAAAUGUGGCCAGGACGCAUUGCAGCAGCCCGUGGGUCAUGAGUUCGAGCCCCGGAAUUAUCCUGCCGGGGAAAACGAAGAAGAAGGAAUGGCGAGGUGCGAUCGAGCGGUUUUUACUGAAGGAGGAAAGCGCCGUUAAUUGCUCCAAGAGGGCUUACAUUUUGCCUAUUUAUGAAGUCAAGGAUAGGAAGCGGCUGGCAAACAAGAGUGAACUUCUGUCUCAAGUCGGCGCGAAUAAAGCACGGCAGUAUCUCGGAGAAGUCGCAGGGUUGGACCAGAGAAGCACAGACUUGAGCCGCUGGGAGAAAGUGCCCCCGGGAGAAGGACUCGGCGUCGCGUACCCUGUUGAAAAAUUCAUCUUCCCCUACGUGCCGGUGUACAUCGCCAAGCAGGGCACGCCGCGCUAUGACGAGCGCUACCUUGACCCCGAAGACGCCGUGGCCCGAGCCAUGCAGACCUACGACAUGAUGAUGAACAACUACACCUUCCACGUCGUCGACAACCUUUUCCUCUAUCGAAAGGUUCCCUGGACGGAAAAGUGGAACGUUGAAAAAGAAAACAACGAAGAGGUUCAGCGCAAUAAUCGCUCACCGCUGCUCUCAGCCCACGUGCUUGAGUUUGCUGCGAAGUACGACCGGGACCCUUUGGGCCUGUUGUGGGCCGCCGGACCCGCAGGGGCGCAGCGACAAAAAGUGCGCGUCAUUCUGAAAACGCCUAAAGCCGCUCUACUGCCAGAGAAAACCAACCCAAAGUAAACGAAACCGCUGGAGAAGUGCCAGUCAGUCGGCGGAGUUGUUGUGCGCCGCCCUGUAUAUCUAUUCAUCCGAGUGAGCGCGAUAAAUAAUAAUCGGAGGAUGCCAACAAAGUUUGAGAUCCUCGAGAAUGCAACUUUGCCUUGAUGAGUUCCUUGGCAGCCGAUGAGAUGAAAAAGAAAUAAAAUGAAAUAUUGACGCAUAUAAAUAGAGCUGGAGAGCGAAGUGCUACAAAAAACCACACUAUAUUUAUUGUUGUCAUUUUUUGUAAAAAAAGGCCUUCAUUUUUAUAAAAAUUCUCUCUUUGCCAUCUUAUAAAAUUGUUACAAAAUGAGCAAGCUUCAAAAUAAAUCAUAUAAUUCUUAAAAAUAAAAUA